AUGGCCACGCAGGGGAAACCGCAGGUCCAGUUCAGGCUUGUCUUGGUGGGCGAUGGUGGCACCUGCAAGACGAUGUUUGUCAAACGCCAUCUGACCGGGGAGUUUGAGAAAAAGUAUGUCGCCGCCCUGGGCAUGGAUGUUCACCCCCUCGUGUUCCACACCAAUCAGGGACCCAUCAUGUUCAAUGUGUGGGACACGACCGGGCAAGAGAAGUUCGGGGACCUGCGAGACGGCUACUACCUCCAAGCCCAGUGCGCCAUCAUCAUGUUCUACGUGACAUCAAGAGUCACUUACAAGAACGUGCCCAACUGGCAUCGAGAUCUGGUGCGGGUAUGUGAAAACAUCCCCAUCGUGCUGUGUGGCAACAAAGUGGAUGUGAAGGAUCCGAAGGUUCAGGCCAAGUCGAUUGUCUUCCACCGAAAGAAGAAUCUCCACUACUACGACAUGUCUGCUAAAAGUAAUUACAACUUUGAGAAGCCCUUCCUCUGGCUGGCUAAGAAACUCACUGGAGACCCCAGUUUGGAGUUUGUCGCUCUGCCAGCUCUGGGUGCACCCGAGGUGGCCGUGGACCCGGCUCUGGCUGUGCAGUAUGAGCGGGACUGGGAGGUGGCACAGACCACCGCUCUCCCCGAGGAGGAGCAGGAGCAGGAGCAGGAGAAGCCGGGGCCCCCGUGUCACAGGUCCAGUGGGACAGGUGGCUGUUCUGUGACGUCACAGGCAAGGUUCUCCCACAGCUGA